UACAAAAGCGUGGGUACUAAAAUCAUUUCGCUUAGAGAUGGAUGGGAUCAUGAGCAGAGCAGCUGGCUGAUCGUACUACUCUUCAAAUCUCUAAGCACCGGUUCCACUUCCUUGUAGAGAGUAAAGUAUAAACAUGGAGAACCGCCCCAUCCAAAUCCCUCGACUGGAACUUGGCCGUCAGGGACUUGAGAUCGAGUGUCAACGGAGAUAUCAUUGGAAAAAAGCAAGAAAAAGCAAUUUGAUCAUUACGAGACUGGAAAAAGUUUCUAGAUUGGGCUUCGGGUGCUAUGGACUAUCCGGAGUAUACAACAGUCCUCUUUCUCAUGAAGCUGGACGGGCAGUUAUUCAGGAAGCAUUCGAUAGGGGCGUCACCUUCUUUGAUACGUCAGAUCUCUAUGGGCGUAAUCAUGAUAAUGAAAUCAUGGUUGGCAAGGUACUGAUCUUUAAUAUAUAUUCGUUUCCCAAGUUUGAACCUAAAUCAUCAUGCAUAUACGAUCAGUGUGUCAUUCAUGCAUCCAACAAAGUCCUGCAGGCUUUGAAACAGCUUCCUAGAGAAAAAAUUCAACUGGCUACUAAAUUUGGCUUGGUCAAGUUAGACUGGGAUGGACAUGGUCAAUAUGUUGCUAGGGGCAGCCCUGUAUACGUCCGGGCAUGCUGUGAAGCCAGUCUUAAGCGGCUUGAGGUCGACUAUAUUGAUCUUUACUAUCCACAUCGCAUCGAUGUUUCAGUGCCAAUCGAGGAUACUAUGGGGGAGCUUAAGAAACUGGUGGAGGAAGGGAAGAUAAAAUAUAUUGGGUUAUCAGAAGCUAGUGCAGACACAAUAAGGAGAGCUCAUGCGGUUCAUCCCAUCACUGCAGUACAAAUGGAGUAUGCCCUUUGGACCCGUGACAUCGAAGAUGAGAUAGUUCCAGUUUGCCGCGAGCUAGGCAUUGGAAUAGUUGCAUACUGCCCUCUUGGUCGUGGUUUCUUUGCUGGAAAGGCAGUUCUUGAGCCCUUGCCCCCGGAGAGUUUAUUGCCAGCUUUCCUUCCAAGGUUCAGUGGGGAAAAUCUAGAGAAGAACAAAAAUCUUUAUAGCAGACUUGCCAUUCUGGCUGAAAAGCAUGCCUGCACUACUGCUCAAUUAGCUUUGGCAUGGCUUCUGCAUCAGGGCGAGGACAUUUUCCCAAUCCCAGGUACGACUAAAGUUGGGAACAUUGAUGACAACAUUGGUUCCUUGUCCGUAAAGCUCUCUAAAGACGAUCUCAAAGAAAUUUGUGAGGCGGUGCCCUUUCAUGAAGUUUUUGGCGAACGAUCAGCACCUGCGCUUUCUCAAUUUUCUUGGAAAUUUGCUAAUACCCCAUCAAAAUAGAAUAUUUGCCAAUUUCUUUAUGCUUUCUCUAUGUAUUUUGGUUUGUUCAAGAACAAUGCAGCAAAAGGAACCGUGGAAAACAUGUUCUAUAUAAAAACAUGGAGUUCUUUGUUGCGUA